AUGGCCUCGAGCAGCUCCUCGCGAGACGCGCAGCCACCCGUCGCCGUGGUUUGCGUGGGCAUGGCCGGCUCCGGCAAGACGACCUUCAUGCAAAGGAUCAAUGCGCAUCUACACACACAGUCGCAGAAGACCACAUCACAGCCACCCUACGUCUUAAACCUCGACCCAGCCGUACGCAGUGUGCCCUUCGACUCGAAUAUCGACAUCCGUGACUCCGUGAACUACAAGGAAGUAAUGAAGCAGUACAAUUUGGGACCCAACGGUGGUAUCCUGACCAGUCUGAACCUUUUCAGCACAAAGAUCGAUCAGGUAAUGGGCAUAUUGGAAAAGAGAUGUCUACCUCAAGAGCCUGCCAAACCAACACCGAGUCAUAUCAUCGUGGACACGCCCGGACAGAUUGAAGUUUUUGUCUGGUCAGCUUCAGGGAAUAUCCUGUUGAACUCGCUGGCCUCGAGCUUCCCUACAGUGAUAGCAUACAUCAUCGACACACCACGGACGACAGAGAAUACGAGUACCUUCAUGUCCAACAUGCUCUACGCGAUUAGCAUUCUUUACAAGACAAGGCUCCCCAUGAUUUUGGUUUUCAACAAGACGGACGUCAAGUCACCAGACGAGGCAGUCGACUGGAUGCGGGAUUUCGAGAAGUUCCAGGACGCGGUACAGCAAGAAGAAGAGCAACAAGGAGAAGGUGGUGGGUAUAUGGCACCUCUCUUGAACAGCAUGAGCCUGGUUCUCGAGGAGUUCUACAACCACCUGUCUGUCGUUGGAGUGUCGUCAAUGACUGGCGAAGGCGUGGAAGACUUUUUCAAGGCUGUUGAGGAUAAGAGAGCAGAGUUUGAGAAGGAAUACAAGCCUGAACUGGAGCGUCGGAAAGCGGAAGCUGAACAGCAAAAGAGCGAGAUUCGGGAGAAGGAAGUCAGCCGGAUGAUGAAGGACAUGGAAGUUUCAUCCAAGGCGAAAGGUACAGGGAAGUACGCAAAGAAGGACGAGCCCGAGACAGUCAGCGAUAUGGAAGACAUGGACGAAGAUGACGAGGACGCCGGAUCUGUCGAACCCGAUGAGGCGGAUGAGGAGGAAGAGGUCAACCAGGCAUUCGAAGAAGGUCUGAAAGCGAGAUAUGAAGCUGCUCUGCGCGAGGGUGGUGCGUCUGCGACAGCUAGAGCAGCGGACUAUAUACGGGGCAGCCAGAGAUGA